CUGCGACGUUUUGGGUGCAGUAAUAAAAAAACAAUUACAAUUUUAUUAUACUCGAACCUGAACUUGUUUGAUUUUUUUAAAUUUCUAAGUAAAGUAAAGUGAAAAUUUUAUCACUAUCGUGACGUGCUCCGAAAAUAAUCCACCUAAAGAAACGAAAAGAAAUAUUUCCAAAAGAUGGUUAUGGCCAUUUAUGUUUUAAUAAUAACAAUACUAAUACUUCUAUUGAAUUACUUCCGCGGCAAAAAACACCUUCCAGGCCCUUGGAAUUUACCCAUUGUAGGCUGCCUCCACAAACUCGAUCCAAAAGCACCACACUUGACUUUAACCCAAUUUGUGAAAAAAUACGGACCCGUUUAUGGCCUCAAACUCGGCUUGAUCAACGUUGUUGUCAUAGCUGACGCCAAAAUAUUAAAAAAAGUCCUAAUAAAGGACGAAUCUGUUGCAAGACCGCCACUCUUCAUGACAAACACUGCAUUCCAAAACAAAGGAAUCCUCUUCACGUCUGUGGAACGAUGGAAAGAUCAGCGUAAAUUUGUAACAAAUUUUUUGAAAAUGGCCACUCGAGUCUCACCAAACAAGAAAAAAUGUGAAGCGUUGAUAACACAGCAUGCCGAAAAUUUUGUACAAGUUGUCAAAAAUGAGGCUGAUUGUGUGGCACUGGAUCCUUCAAAACUGGUGACCCAUUUCGUAGGUGGUCUAGCUUGUGUGUUACUUUUGGGCAAACCAUUUUCGUUGGAAGACACCACGGUUACUGAUUUAGCACGCAAUCUUGACGAUGUGGUUAAAACCAUAGCUUUUGGAGGCCCACUGAAUUUUUUGCCAUUUCUACGGUUUUUACCACAGUUCAGAAGAACACUAGCUACACUAAAAGACGCCGUUCAUAAAGUGCGUCAAGUACAAACCAAACUGGUAAACGAGUGUGAAAAAUCCAUGCAUGAUGACAAUAAAGACUCAGUGCCAAGCUUAGUAGAGGCCUUUCUACUACAGAUGUCCAAAGACAGUCCUAAAGACAUUUACAACCUUGAUCAACUACACUACCUCAUAUUCGACGUUUUUAUAGCUUUUACUGAAACAACCACAACGUCUCUACUGUGGGUUAUAUUAUACCUGGCGCAGUACCACGAAGUCCAAAAUAAAGUACGACAAGAAAUUUUUGAUGUGUUACGUACUGAAACAGUGGAAAUAAAUGACUUUGCUAACUUACAUUACACUAAAGCAACCAUUGCUGAAAUUGCUAGAAUUAGAACUGUGGUACCACUUGGAGCACCACAUUGCGCCUCCGACAAUAUCUGCAUUGAAGGUUUGACAAUUCCAAAAGGUGCAAUGAUAAUGCCGUUGUUAUGGGCCAUCCACAUGGAUCCGAGUGUUUACGAAAUGCCGGAAGAAUUUCGUCCUGAGAGAUUUUUGGACGACGAUGGAAAAUUCUUUAAACCGGAAUCAUUUGUUCCAUUUUCUUGUGGUAAAAGAAUGUGUGUCGGAGAAGGACUAGCACAAGAGAUGACGUUAAUAUUUGUUGCUAAUGUUUUAAAGAACUUUAUAAUCGAACAUCCUGAGUCAUGUCCUAUAGAUCUGACUUAUACUUGUGGUGCUUCAAUAACUCCUAAACCACAGAAAGUAAUAUUUAAAGAAAUAUAACUUACAAAAUAAUGUAGUGUGUAAUAAUAAUC